CAACAUAACUACAACCACUUUUUAAAAGUUUUAAUUUGGCAUCAGGCAAAUAGAAGCGGGCGGUUGUAUAGUGUCAUUCACAUGUGACUUUGGGAAGGUGUCUGUUGGACUCGUAGGCUUGUAUUUUUUUCUCUCACCCAGGUUAUGGCGGAGCUGAAGUUUUCUAGCUUGUGUUGAGCGCUGAGAGCACCAGUGUUUGCUGAUGGAGCACCUCCAGGGAGCAUGGAAGACCCUGAGCAACGGCUUUGGGAUGAAGGACUCUGUGUUCGAGGGCCCUUGCCUUUCCCCGACCAUGGUGCAGGGCUUCCCCUCCCAGCGCCGCUCCUCCGACGACAGUAAGAUCCCCGACUCCAAGACCAGCAGCACCAUCCGCGUCUACCUCCCCAACCAGCAGCGCACAGUGGUGAAUGUGAGGCCAGGUAUGACCCUGCACAGCUGCCUGAUCAAAGCGCUGAAGGUGCGGGGCCUGCAACCGGAGUGCUGUGCUGUCUUCAGACUGCACCCAGGACAGAGGAGUAAAAAGUCACGUAUGGAUUGGAAUACCGACUCUACCUCACUAAUUGGGGAAGAACUGCUGGUGAAAGUCUUAGAUCAUGUCCCCUUGACGACGCACAACUUUGUUCGGAAAACAUUUCUGAAGUUGGCCUUCUGCGAUAUAUGCCAGAAGUUCCUUUUGAAUGGUUUCCGUUGCCAAACAUGCGGCUACAAAUUCCAUGAGCACUGCAGCACCAAAGUGCCCACGAUGUGUGUGGAUUGGAGCAACAUCAGACAGCUCCUGUUGUUCCCGACACCAGGUGAAAGUGGGGGUCCAUCUCUUCCUCCUCUUACUUCUCGGCGAAUGAGAGAAUCGCUGUCCCGACUCCCCAGCAGCUCUCUUCAUCGCUGCUCUACCCCUCACGCCUUCAACUACACGGCCCCCUACCCACCCACAGGGGGCGCUCUGUCCCAGAGGCAGCGCUCCACCUCCACGCCCAACGUCCACAUGGUCAGCACCACCAUGCCCGUCGACAGCAGCAUGAUGGAGGAAGCAAUGCGUAAUCAUGAAGCAAUGCGUAAUCAUGACUCAGGCGGGAGUUCCCCCAGCCAGAGUCCCACAGGCUGGUCCCAGUCCCAGUCUAACACCCCAGCUCCAGACAGACGAGAGAGGGCUCCUUCAUUCAACACUCAGGAGAAACACAAAAUACGUCCGAGGGACAAGCGGGACUCCAGUUAUUACUGGGAGAUUGAGGCCAGUGAAGUGGUUCUUCACUCCUGUAUCGGCUCAGGCUCCUUCGGAACGGUAUACAAAGGGAAAUGGCACGGUGACGUAGCGGUGAAGAUCCUAAAGGUGAUUGACCCCACGCCAGAGCAGUUCCAGGCCUUCAGAAACGAGGUGGCUGUCCUUAGGAAAACGCGGCACGUCAACAUCCUGUUGUUCAUGGGCUACAUGACGAAGGACAACCUGGCCAUCGUGACCCAGUGGUGUGAGGGCAGCAGCCUCUACAAACACCUUCACGUCCAGGAGACCAACUUCCAGAUGUUCCAGCUUAUAGACAUUGCCAGGCAGACAGCUCAGGGCAUGGACUAUUUGCACGCCAAAAACAUCAUCCACCGGGACAUGAAGUCAAACAAUAUCUUCCUACAUGAGGGCCUGACGGUGAAGAUAGGAGACUUUGGUCUGGCCACGGUCAAGGCCAGGUGGAGUGGUUCUCACCAGGUGGAGCAACCCUCAGGGUCCAUACUGUGGAUGGCUCCUGAGGUUAUCCGUAUGCAGGACAACAUGCCCUAUAGUUUCCAGUCUGACGUGUACUCCUAUGGUGUUGUCCUCCAUGAGCUGAUGACGGGAGAGCUGCCAUACUCACAGAUAGCCAACAGAGACCAGAUCAUCUUCAUGGUGGGCCGGGGGUACCUGUCUCCAGAUCUCAGUAAGCUUUAUAAGAGCUGUCCUAAGGCCAUGAAGAGGCUGGUGGCCGACUGCAUCAAGAAAAUCAAGGACGAGAGGCCACUGUUCCCCCAGAUCCUGUCGUCAAUUGAGCUGCUCCAGCACUCCCUGCCUAAGAUCAACCGCAGUGCCUCAGAACCCUCCAUGCACAGAGCCUCCCACACCGAGGAUAUUAACGCCUUCACUUCCACCUAUAGCAGACUGCCUGUGUUCUGAACUACAAUACUCAACCUGUCCCUCCUACCUGCUCCUGUUCUAAAACAUACACGUGUGUGCAUGAGCACACACACACACACCCCAAAUAUCUAGUGGCUUAUGAAAGUAUUCACCCCCCUUGGCAUUUUUCCUAUUUUGUUGCUUUACAACCUGGAAUUAAAUAGAUUUUUGGGGGGUUUGUAUCAUUUGAUUUACACAACAUGUCUACCACUUUGAAGAUGCAAAAUAUUUUUUGUUGUGAAACAAACAAGAAAUAAGACAAAAAAAUGAACUUGAGCGUGCAUAACUAUUCACCCCCCACCCCCCCAAAGUCAAUACGUUGUAAAGCCACCUUUUCAAUAAUUACAGCUGCAAGUCUCUUGGGGUAUGUCUCUAUAAGCUUGGCACAUCUAGCCACUGGGAUUUUUUCCCAUUCUUCAAGGCAAAACUGUUCUUGCUUGGAUGGGUUCCCCUGGCAUACAGCAAUCUUUAAGUCAUACCACAGAAUCUCAAUUGAAUUGAGGUCUGGGCUUUGACCAUUCCAAGACAUUAAAAUGUUUCCCCUUAUACCACUCAGGUGUUGCUUUAGCAGGGUCAUUGUCCUGCUGGAAUGUGAACCUCUGUCCCAGUCUCAAAUCUCUGGAAGACUGAAACAGGUUUCCCUCAAGAAUUUCCCUGUAUUUAGAGCCAUCCAUCAUUCCUUCAAUUCUGUCCCAGUCCCUGAAGAUGAAAAACAUCCCCACAGCAUGAUGUUGCCAUCACCAUGCUUCACUGUGAGGAUGGUGUUCUCGGGGUGAUGAGAGGUGUUAGGUUUGCGCCAGACAUAGCGUUUUCCUUGAUGGCCAAAAAGCUACAUUUUAGUCUCAUGUGACCAGAUUACCUUCUUCCAUAUGUUUGGGGAGUCUCCCACAUGCAUUUUGGCAACCACCAAACGUUUUUGCUUAUUUUUUUCUUUAAGCAAUGGCUUUUUUCUGGCCACUCUUCUGUAAAGCCCACCUCUGUGGAGUGUAUGGCUUAAAGUAGUCCUAUGGACAGAUACUCCAAUCUCCUCUGUGGAGCUUUGCAGCCCAUUCAGUGUUAUCUUUGGUCUCUUUGUUGCCUCUCUGAUUAAUGCCCUCCUUGCCUGGUCCUUGAGUUUUGGUGGGCAGCCCUCUCUUGGAAGGUUUGUUGUGGUGCUAUAUUCUUUCAAAUUUUUUAUAAUGGAUUAAAUGGUGCUCUGUGGGAUGUUCAAAGUUUCAGAUAUUUUUUAUAAGCCAACCCUAAUCUGUACUUCUCCACAACUUUGUCCCUGACCUGUUUGGAGAGCUCCUUGGUCUUCAUGGUGCCGCUUGCUUAGUGGUGUUGCAGAUUCUUGGGUCUUUCAGAACAGGUGUAUGUAUACUGAGAUCAUGUGACAGAUCAUGUGACACUUAGAUUGCACACAGGUGGACUUUAUUUAACAAAUUAUGAGACUUCUGAAGGUAAUUGGUUGCACCAGUUUAUUUACAUAAAAAAAAAAAUGUUAACAAGUACUAUUUUGUUUAUUUCCAUUAUAUGAUAUCCAAAUAAAAAUCUAUUUAAAUUACAGGUUAUAAUGCAACAAAAUAGGAAAAAUGCCAAGGGGAUGAAUACUUUUGCAAGGCAUUGUAUGGCGUAGAAAAAGACGAGUGACUGGGGUUUAAAGGAAUCCUCUGACAGUGACGGUGGAUGGGAUCAAUAUGGGAUUUCAGUCACUGACUGAGUUUUUCCAGUGACUGUUUUGGUAUGGAGAGAAGAUAAAAAAUAUUGACUACCCAUUGGGUUGGAGAAGAUGAUUGAUGGUGAAUGAAAUUCAUGCAAAUUAUAGGGUUAAUCAGAGGCCUACUGUAAUUUUCUCCAUUGUUAAAAUGGGUGCAAUGGACAGUGGCAAUGCAGUUAGUGGAACAUGUAAAUAUGUGAAAGAAAGCACACCUACCUGGGGACAGGGAGGCAGAGACAGUGAAGGAAAUGCCUGAGAGAGAGUGAAAUAAGAGGCUCUCUAUCUCUGAGCUGUGAAGCACACCUUUCUGUCUGACAGGACUGACUGCCCUAGUUUCUAAUGAAUAAGAUAUUCUCUAAGCUGACCUGCCUGAAGAGGAGAUGAAGCCUAGACCAACCACCUUCUAGGAUGAUUCUUAUCAAAAACAGUGUGAUCCAUCUAUUGGUUUUGCAGGGGUAUUUGAUUGUACAUAGUCUUAAAUCAGAUAGAGAUUUGAAAUUAUUAUCAAUGUCUUCAUCUUCAUGCUUUUAUAAUUGUUUUCCUUAAUUCUGGAAAAAAAUUAUAACUUGUCAGACAGUCAAGCUUGACUGAUUGAUUUCUAUUUGGACGUUUUAACAAACGCAAUGGCUAUGUUUCUACGGUCCAUGUGAUUGGUUCAUGGCUUUGCAGAGUGUUCUGAUCAGUAGUUACCCACACAUUUUAAUCAGCCUUCUCUUUGGGUAAACCAUCAUGAGCUGGAUAUUGGGCAAUUGUCUUUAAUAUUUAAACAAUUAUUUGAAAUCUAAUUUGCAAUUAGUCUGCCAUGUCUCUUUCAAGGAGGUACAUUUCUUUUUUAUUGUAAACGUGAGAAUGUUGUUUAUUUCAUGUUAUUUUAAUAAAAUGAAGUGAAACUAAUUUGC